AGACAGUUUGGCCUCUACAGCAGAUCGUAGUUUGGCAGAGAUUCAGAAACACUGAUACUGUGUGUGUGUGUGUGUGUGUGUGUGUGUGUGUGUGUGUGUGUGUGUGUGUGUGUGUGUGUUUCCUCGUUGGCUGAAGUGAGACGCAGCAGCUCGACACGCAGACAUGAACCACCUGCUGAAAGUUCCAGUUCUGGCCAGGCGUGCCUUCAGCAGCUCUGCCAGACAGCUGAGGAACAAAGUCCCCGAGGCCCAGAAGUUGUUCCAGGAGGACAACGGGUUGCCGGUCCACAUCAAGGGAGGAACCGGUGACGUCCUGCUCUACCGGGCAACCAUGACAUUAAGUCUGGCAGGAACCUGCUACUCUGUGUACUGGAUGCUGUUCGCCGCGAUGCCUCAGAAGAAAGCGUAGAGAGGGAACGACGCCAGGCUCAGUCUAACGCAUGGAGAACGACGCUCUGCUCCAUCCAACGCUAAUGCUUGUUGUGUGAAUUGUAUUAGAUUUCUAUCGCGAGCUGUCACACUUUCACUUCGGCAAGUAAAAGUAAAAUUGCUCAAAUAAAGGUUUGUUUGAUGUUA